CAGCCAUUCUGGAGCUUGGGACUCUAAAAUGGCAGAGCAGCUUUCUCCGGGAAAGACAACAGACCAGGUGUGUACCUUCCUCUUCAAAAAGCCUGGUAGACAAAAAGGGGCUGCAGGCUGCAGAAAGCGCCCCGUCUGCAACCGGGAGUCUGGAGACGGCAGCAGCAGCAGCAGCAGUGACGAAGGCAGCACAGUGGUUCGCCCAGAAAACAAGCGGGUGAUCCACAAUCCGAUGAUACAGAAGACCCAUGGUGGUGGUAAACAGAGGGUGGCUGCUCUGUUGAGCAGCAAGGAGGAGGAGACCGAGCCCCAGAGCCUUGGCAUGGUGUACAAGUCCACCCGCUCCGCAAAGCCUGUGGGACCAGAGGAUAUGGGGGCGACUGCAGUCUACGAGCUAGACACAGAGAAGGAGCGUGACGCACAAGCCAUCUUUGAGCGCAGCCAGAAGAUCCAGGAAAAGCUAAGGGGCAAGGAAGAUGACAAGAUCUAUCGGGGGAUUAAUAAUUAUAAGAAAUACAUGAAGCCCAAGGAUACGUCUAUGGGCAAUGCUUCCUCCGGGAUGGUGAGGAAGGGCCCCAUCCGAGCUCCCGAGCAUCUUCGUGCCACUGUGCGCUGGGAUUACCAGCCCGACAUUUGUAAGGACUACAAGGAGACUGGCUUUUGUGGCUUUGGAGACAGCUGCAAGUUCCUCCAUGACCGUUCAGAUUACAAGCAUGGGUGGCAGAUCGAACGUGAGCUUGAUGAGGGUCGCUAUGGUGUCUAUGAGGAUGAAAACUAUGAAGUGGCAAGCGAUGAGAAGGAGAUACCAUUCAAGUGUUUCAUUUGUCGCCAGACCUUCCAGAAUCCAGUUGUCACCAAGUGCAGGCAUUAUUUCUGCGAGAGCUGUGCACUGCAGCAUUUCCGCACCACCCCUCGCUGCUAUGUCUGUGACCAGCAGACCAACGGUAUCUUCAAUCCAGCGAAAGAAUUAAUUGCUAAGUUGGAGAAGCAUCGACCUGCAGAAGAGGGUGGUGCUUCCAACUUCCCAGAAGAUCUAGAUGAGAGUCGAAUCCCCAUUACUUAGUUUUCCCAUUAUUCUCAUACCUCAAAAUAAAUAUUUUGUGCUAAGCAACGGAUUUGAAAAUGAGUACAGUAAGAGGGUAGGAAAAAAAAGAGGCCGAGGGACAUGCUAACCAUACUCUUGAAUCAGAACCUUUGCAGUUGCUGUUCCCUGUGUUUCUAGGACACUUCACCCUCAGAAUUCUAUAUGACUUACUCCCUCACAUUCUCCUGGUAUCCAUGCAAAUGUCAUCCAUUUAAGUGAGGACCUCACUGACUGCCUUAUUUAAAAUAGCAACACCAAUCCUGUCCCUAUCACUGUCUAUCCUCCUUCCUCUGUUUUUUCUCCAUAGAAUUUAUCACUGUCUGGUAUAUAUUUACUUGUUAUUUGCUUGUUUCUCUCUCUUCUCACUAGAACAUAAGCCCUAUAAAGAAUUUUGUUCCCGUUUCACUGCUGUGAUCACAAAAUAUCUCCCACCCCAACCCUGCAAAUACUUGACACACAGUAGGUUCUCAAUAUAUUUUUUAAAUGAACGAAUGAAAGAACAAACCAGAAAAAAGAGAUAAAAGGGAAAAGCUAACGAAGCAGGAGGAAAACCUGGAGGUAUCUCAGAGGCUAAAACAAAAAAAAAGGUUUGGAAAUGGAAUAUGGUCUAAUAUGUUAAAUGCUGCAGAAGGGUCCAGGAAGAUGAUAAAGCAACAAAUGCAUUACAUUUGGCAUUAUGAGAGUAACUGAUGGUGACAAGAGCAGUUUCAGUAUAGUGGUUAGGACAGGAGUCAGAAUUAUUAAGGGUGAGGCGAUACUAGGAGAUAAGGAAGUGGGAAUAGGGGCAGUAGGUAACGAAUUUGAGAAGCUGCUGUGAAGAAAAGUACGGGUAUAAGGCAGUUCAUAAAGAGGAAUAUGAGAUGAAGGAAGGGUGUAUUAUUUGCUCUGGAUUUUUAGUGGGGUAUUGAUUAUCUCCUGCCACAAUAUUGCUGGUUAACAAACAACCAUAAAACCUUAGUGGCAUUCGAUAAUACACAAUUUUUAUUUCCCUGGCGUGGUUAGCUAGGUGGCUUUGCUUUACGUCUGGAAUUUGGCUGAUGUAGGCUGGCUUCAGCUGGGAUUACUUAAGUAUGUUCCACGUGUCUCUCAUCCUCCACCAGCCUAGUCCAGGCAUGUUCUCCUCGUGACACUGAGCCACAAUACCUAAGUGGAAAUGGGCAAGUUCUCUUGCCAGUUCAGAACCAGGACACUGUCACUUUGUCUUCAUUCUCCUGACUAAAGCAAGCAAGAGGCCAGCUAGAUUCAAAGGAGAAGUAGUCCAGUUACUAUUGCUCUGAUGCAAACUGCCCUAAAACUUAGCAAUGAAAAAUAACCAUUUUAUUAUCCUUAACAAUGUCUUUGGGUCAGGAACUCAGACAGGGCACAGUAGGGUUGGCUUUCCUCUGCCCCAUGAUGUCUGAAACCUCAGUUGGUGAGAUUCAAAGACUAGGGACUGGAAUCAUCU